AUGAAACCUAAAAAGCCUAAUUCUGCUUUGCGGAGCUUUGCCCGGGUAGUUUUAAGCAACAAAAGAGAAGUAACCGCUUAUAUUCCUGGAGAAGGACAUAAUUUACAAGAUUAUUCUAAUGUUCUUAUUCAAGGAGGGCGAACUCAAGAUUUACCAGGAGUAAAAUUUGUAAUUAUUCGGGGCACUCGAGAUACUGAAGGUGUUAAAGACCGCAAGCAAGAAAAUCCUGAACAAGAACCAUUAGAGAUUUUCAAGAAAGCAGUUAAAGAACUUAUGCCAGAAUUAGAAACUGAAAAAAUCAGAUUAGGCGGAACUAGCCACAAAAUUCGUAAUAUCGGCAAUGUAGCCCAUAUCGAUGCGGGAAAAACUACUACUACCGAGGGAAUGCUUGUCCUUGCUAAGCGAAUCCGCGAAGCAGACGGACAAAUUAAUUUAAUUGAUACACCCGGACACGUAGAUUUUACUGCCGAAGUUGAACGAUGCUUACGAGUUUUAGACGGAGCAAUCGUAAUUAUCGACGGAAAAGAAGGAGUAGAAGCCCAAACUGAAACAGUCUGA